GCAAAUGUUGCUGUACCCCACGUGAAGCAAGGAUCCUGGCGCGCAGUCCCUAGCGAAGGAUUCCAUGUGUGUGUGUUUGUGUGUAUCGUGCACCGAAAAUGUCUGGGAGGUCAGGAUCACAGAAUCUUACUGUUCACAAAUACUAUCUAGUGGCAGUGUCGCAAGUCGAUUCUUGUGACACUGUGACGCUGCUCGUCCUGCGCGGCGAAUUCCUCUGACCAUUGGAACGACCCCGCCGAUGCAGUCUGGGCUGUCCUUCUUGCUUCCCCCUGUUCCUUCCACCGGGUUUCCAUCAUCCCUGCCCUGCCCAACUGAUGGAGAACAAAGUUCACGCACACACGCACGCAUGCCUGUCCCCUUGUUCCCACCUGGGCCUGAGACUGAUUAGAUUCGGCGAUCACACAGCCCCGCUCCGCCCCGCGCUUGUGUUGGGCAGACGACGAGUAGACGAGAACAUAUCACCAUGACAUAUCGCCAUGCGCCGGGUGCGACAGUGCACAGUGCAAAGUGUCUGUCGAAGUGGAUGCGCGAAGGCAGCCACUGAGAACGGGAUGAAUGGUAUGUAUAAGUUCACGUACGGCCCUGCUUCUCAGCUGCAUCCCCUCCCCCUCAUGGCGCCAAUCUUCGGCAGACUCCGGGGGCUUUGUGGCAUUGGCCAAGUUCCCGGAGUCGGAUCUGUCACUGAACUUGCACCGGGGGCUAGAUCAAGGCGACCCCCUCGUCUGCAUAGUAGCAGGAGAGCCAGCGGCAGCCAAGGAUCGCGCCGCCGUUCUCAAAACAGGCUGGCGGUCCACCGACCAUGUUCCGGAGAGAUGCUUCUCGGGUUGGCAUCUCAUGGCUCUGCUGAUGAGCUUCCCAAACCGUGCAACAAACUCUCACUGGAUAGCGGUGACGUGUCGGUUCCUACCCUCUGUCGUCAGCUCCAAUCACUUCCGGAGCUGUGUCUUCGGGGUAAAACGUCUGAAACAGCAGCUCGCCGCGAUGGUAUCUGCUGUGACUCUGUCUACGCUGCUCUGACGAGGCGCUCUCUCAACACGGCUCCCGCCCAUCGUGUAUGGCCCCGGGCCAUGCUCGCUCCACGGCUCCUAGCCACACCCGAGCUCCUCGGCGCAGAGCUGGGCGGUGCAAUCGGGGGCGCAGCACUCAUCUUCCUCGUCAUCGUCGUCUGUGUCGUCCUCUACCGCCGCCGUGGGUCCCAGGCACGCGAACGGCUACCUCAUCGACCCGCCGGACCCGGGCUCCCGCACAGCACCGACCGGACGACAUGGGCAGCAACUGCGCGCAGUCCAGCCUCGCAUGACAGCAAUACGCCCAGCUACGCCAGUCUCCCCAACCGCCCCCGUCCGCCAAAUCUCCCGCUGCAGAGCCCAGUCAGCAUGCCUGAGCUGACGCACCUGCGAUCGCAGAGCCGGUCCUCUGCCGCCCGUUACCCCCACUACCCGUACACUGUGUACUCCCCCCUCGCCCGGACGACGACGCGGCUGUCCGCAUCAGAUGCCGACAGCGCCGAACUCGUCGUGGGUCCGGACAGCCCGGCCGCGGCCCAUCGGACGCGAUCCGGGUCGGCCGUCUGGCGGCCGCGGGUCGAUAUCCUCGCUGCGCGCAGCAACCAGCAGCUCCAACAUCAGUCUGUUCCGUCGCAGACUUCGUUUCUGGAGGUGUGAGACGGCGACGAUCGCGCGUCGCUGGCCAUCCGGAAUAAUCCGUUGUGAUGCAUCGUCGCAUUGAAUGUAGUAUUUAGACGCAGUAUUUAUGUAUGUCCUCCUUGAUUGUUGCGUUUCGGUUCCACUGCGGGGUAUCGAUGGUGGAAAGGCCAAAGCGGAUACGGUCUGGUCGGAUCACAUGACCCGCAUCAACUGUCCUCGGACCUUUUGCGACGCGGAUGCACUGGUGUCCAGUGUCUGCUGGCCGGCUGAUAGUCGUCCACAGUUCUCUAACGACGCACUUUGAGCUUUGUUUCCCGUAACUCAGUCGAUCGAAGAUAUAGGCUGGAAGCGUCCUUUUGCGUUUCUGAGUAGGGAGUCCGACUGCGCAGGAUCUAGCGCCAUUUGAUCGCUGGGUUGUAGUUGGAAUGCGACGGAGUGCGGAAGGAAAAACCAAGCGGAGUGACCGCAUCAGCUGUGCGUGCCUGUCUGCUGAGCAUUUUGGAUCCGUUGUACGAUUCGCAACGGACAAGAACGCACGAGCGUUCCGUAGAAGUUCAGAGAUCUUAUUUCAUGUGUAAGAAAGCAAAUUUGCC